AAUAUGGCGACGUCCAAGAAGAAGAAGAAAGUUGUUUCCAAAGAUGAUUUGAGACGUUUGAUGAAAGAGAAAAAGGCAACCGUUGCUACAACUAAACGCAUAGAGCACCAAUUUGCCAAGUAUAACAGUGUCGACCAGCUUGUGUGUGUAAUUUGUAAUACAGUAAUUAAAAGUGGACAAUUGUGGCCAUCACAUCUACAGAGCAGACAGCAUAAAGAGAAAUUAACUCAAGUGAAGCCAGCUGUGGACACUUUUACCACUGGUGUGAAGAGGGGUCUCCCACAGCAGUCAAACAGUCAUGAAGAUUCUAAAAGACUUAGAGGAAAUGGUCAAUCAGCCAAAUCUUCAACAAAUUCGGGGCUACCAUCAGAUUUCUUUGACAAUAAAUCUCAAGAUAAAGCAAGUAUGCCCACAACGAAACGUGCAGGCCUGGCAUCCUACUCAUCGUCUUCCUCUGAAGAUGAAGCUGAGGUGACACCCAAACUCAGCACUGCCACUGUGUCCAGUGUGCCAGGUCUUCCUGCAGAUUUUUUUAAUACAAGUACAAGCAGUAAGCAGGAAGAAAUAGAAAAACCCAAGACAGAAUCAAUGGCUGAUGUGUUACCAGAGGGAUUUUUUGACGACCCAAAGACUGAUGCAAAGGUCCGUAAAGUCGAGUAUAAAGACAAGAUGGAUGAGGAAUGGGAGAUGUUUCGGCGGGCCAUGAAAGAAGAAAAUCAUGUAUCAGAAGCCAUUAUGGAUGAAGAGGAUGAACAAGCAAAUGUUGACAGAAAUAUUGAUGAAAUAGAUGACCAAAUGAAUCGUUGGAAUGAAAUCAACAAACUCCAAAUAAAAAAGGAGGAGAUAAUGUCGAAUCAGGGAUCCAAGGAUGUGGCAUCAAAGUCUGAUAGUGAUGAGGAUGCAGAGGACCAGGAACUUCAGGAGUUUAUGGACUGGCGCUCAAAAAAGUCUUGGAAAUGAGGAAUUUGAAUUACAAAUCUCAAUAACAAAUUACGUUAGUAUUAAUGGUUGAAUACAUUGUUAAGUGCUAUAAACCAUAAUACUGGGCCAAGGAAAUGGCAAGAUAUCAACCAUGAUCACAGGAUGUCAUGGUUACAACUGCUGUCAGUUGAUUUAAAUCUUGUGAUGAUGAUGGUAUUUGGCUAUAUGCUUUCAUGUAAACGUUAGACUAUAUAUCGUGAGACUAAAAGUGCAGUGCUAUGCUGCUUCAUUCUGAUUUCAAGAAUUGGUCACUGGAAACGCCUGAUAAGAUUUCUUGCUUAAAUUUACCGAUACAUUGUCUAUUGCACAAAUGAACCAAAAUCCAUAUAUUAGACCAUUCUAAUAGAACAGACAGGACAGUUGUUACUGUAUUGUCUACUUUUGGGACCAGUAUUACAAACCUCAAUUCUAGGGAAGAAAAUGUAAGAGCGAGUGUCAACAAUGAUUACAGUAGGACAUUAUAGCUUACAACAGCUAUGAUAGGUUGCUCCAUCAAUCGUGUUUGGAUGUAUGCAUCAUUAGGGUACAAGUGCAGUGCUGCUGGAUUCUGUUUUCAAGAGUUGGUUGCUUAGAGCUCCUAACAAAGUGUUUUAGUUAAAUUUAUGACUAAAAAUGUUUGAGUGUAUGUAUGAAAGAGACAAGCGAUAUGACCAAUAAUGCAUUAUCUCGUGGGACAGAAAUGAUGAGGGUGAUAUUAUUGUCUACUUUUGCCCCACACAGUAGAGAGAAAGAGGAUUGUAUUUUGUUUAAAAAUGUCAACAGGGAGUUGAAUAUAUUAUGUUAAUGAAUAUUGGCUUCAGAAACAGUCCAAUAAAAAUUAUUAAAGAAACUGUUAACUAUCCUUUUUUAUUAAGUCGUCUCCCCAAGGGGCACGUGUGGUUAUGCCAUGAUAUGGUGUCUGUCAUCAACAUUUUAGCCCACAAUAUUUAGAUGGUGGACUAUUCAAAUCACCCUUCGUCUGUGGUACAUCUGUCCUUAAGCAAUUCUUGUAAGCGCUAUUUCUCAGAAAGU